CCACCACAACCUCCUCCACAUCCUCCUCCACAUCCUCCCCCCACAGGCCUCACAAACACAUCCUCGACAAUCGCACACAUACCUGUAUUAAGACAGCAACAAACAAUCUACCCAGCGACAGCUACCCAAAUCUACGACCACCGCACAAGGAACACACCACUCAGUCAAAUCCCUCCCUCAACCUCGACAGAACAGCGAAACAGCACACAAUCAAAGCCAAACAAAACGAUAAAACAAGAAGAAAGAAGAAAGAAGGAUAAAAAUGCCACCCACAAAACAAGAACUCUCCCUCCUCAUCAACCCCCUCGUGCCGGAGUCAGUGCAGCAUAAUAACCGGACCCUCUCAACCCUCCACUCCCUAACCUCCUUCCUCCUGGGCCUCACAGCCGGAAUCCUCGCCCUCCAAUCAGCCACCGGCUUCAUCUUCUACCUCCUCGGCACGGUCUUCGUCUCCGCCUGCUUCCACUUCAUCCUCGUGAGCGGGUCGCCUGCUGGUGCGGGCGGGUUCUUCCCGGGCCCGAAUGGGGGCGAGAUUGAGGGGUUGGAUGAGAGGGGUGUGAUUCGUGGUGGUAAGGGUAAGGCUGGGGUGGUGAGUAGGAAGGGAGCGUGGCGCGAUGUGUGGUUGGGAGGGGGUGUGCUGGGCGAGGCGCUUUCGGGGUUCGUGUUGGGGUGGGCCGGUGUUGGGGGGUUUUGA